AUGUCGACAGCAACAGCCACCACUUGCAGCACUGCUGCAAUUGUUCUAGUGGCGCCACCCGAGGACUUUGAGAUGCCCAGCCUGAGAGACGAUGUCGUGCCCAUUCAGGUUGGCUGUAACAAAACUUCGCUGUUGCGCGUACAUACCACCGUCUUGAUUAAGAGCUCCGAACUGCUCAAGAACGUAAUGAAACCAGAGUGGCGCACUGAUGCUACAAAGCCUAUCGAUAUGUCCGACAUGGAGCUCACGAUAUUCGAGGCAUAUUGCGGAUGGCUGUACACCGGGAGGAUUCUGAUGGAUACUGCCUUCAAGAAUGCCAUCAUCGCUGCCAUCAUCCGUUCAACAAUUGACCACAAGAUGUAUCCCAGCCUAAAAGCGGUACAGAUCAUUUACGCCGGUACGCCUAGCAGUUCGCCAGCGCGACGUCUAAUGGUAGACUUCUGGGUGUUCAGUGCCAAACCAACAUGGACAGGGCUUUCGGAUUUGAUCGAGAAGACCUGCUCUGAUUUCGUGAACGAUCUCGUUCGCGAGCUCAUUGUGAAGCGAGGCAAACCCAGCGGCGUUUUACAGAGACCAUGGGUCGAGGAUCCUGAUUCAUACCGUGUUGAUAGCUAG